GCCUCAAGUAAAACACAAUUUAGGGCCAAUUUAGAGCCCGAGGUUGAUCAAUGAUCACCAAGUUUGGUCUCUUGUUUGCUUUCUUCCAUUUCCCAGUUCCUCUUCCUCACAGCUUGAUUCUGCAGAUACAGGUUUACCUCAGUCAAAUAUGAAUAUAAUGAAUAAUCUUUCUUCAACUCUAUGUAGAAGAGGGAAUCUGAGAGAGCUGAUUACCAAUGUUUCCGUCUAUAGCGGUCUUUCUGAUGUAGCAGCUGAAGGAGGACUAGCAAGCUUGAUGACCAGACGAUGGGCUACAAAAAAGGCUGCUGGAUCCUCAAAGAAUGGUCGCGAUUCAAAUCCCAAGAAUUUGGGGGUGAAGAAAUUUGGCGGGGAGCGAGUAAUUCCUGGAAACAUAAUAGUACGUCAGCGGGGCACAAGAUUUCAUCCUGGAAACUAUGUUGGAAUCGGAAAGGAUCACACCUUGUUUGCGCUGAAAGAAGGUAAUGUUAAAUUUGAGCGUCAUAAGCUGAGUGGCCGUAAGUGGGUUCACGUCGAGCCCAAAGAUGGUCAUGUGCUUCACCCUGUCUAUACCAAUAAUCCUAAAGAAGGUCAUAUUAUCUACGCCGAUAAAACCCCUGUUGUACUAGAGACAGCUAAGGCUUAGGGUUUAACGUUUAGAAAGCAGCAAUGAGUUCGUUAAUCCCUGUUCCCAUAUAGAAUUUUGGAGGAUUGUUCAUUGCCUUUUUACUUUGAUUACUCUAUGUUUCAGCUCUCUUUCUGUCUAUAUUUUGUAUUAUUUGAGGAUAGUCACAGAAACAGUUUUUUAUUCCGACUAUUCCAUCGGAAUAGGAAUGUCUGCUUGUUUAUUACUAUUGUUGAGCAUCUA